GCCCGCUGGGUGCUUCUCUCGCCGGGACUCGGGACUCCCGGGAAGUGGACUGGUAGAGGAGGGGGGCAAGCUAGCUGUCGCUCCCGACUAAGUCGGAGACUCCGGCGUGAGGCGGCCUCUCAGGGCCGGGUGGGCUGGCGAGCCGACGCGGCGGCGGCGGCGGCGGCGGCGGCGGCGGCGGCGGCGGCGGAGGCUGUGAAGAGUGCGGGGGUCAGGGACCCGCACAGAGAGACCAUGGCCCCGCAGAACCUGGGCACCUUCUGCCUGUUGCUGCUGUACCUCAUCGGGGCCGUGAUCGCCGGGCGAGAUUUCUAUAAGAUCUUAGGGGUGCCUCGCAGUGCCUCUAUAAAGGAUAUUAAAAAGGCCUACAGGAAACUAGCCCUGCAGCUUCAUCCUGACCGGAAUCCUGAUGAUCCUCGAGCGCAGGAGAAAUUCCAGGAUCUGGGUGCUGCUUAUGAGGUUCUGUCAGAUAGUGAGAAACGGAAACAAUAUGAUACUUAUGGUGAAGAAGGAUUAAAAGAUGGGCAUCAGAGCUCCCAUGGAGACAUUUUUUCACACUUCUUUGGAGAUUUUGGUUUCAUGUUUGGAGGAACCCCUCGUCAGCAAGACAGAAAUAUUCCAAGAGGAAGUGAUAUUAUUGUAGAUCUAGAAGUCACUUUGGAAGAAGUAUAUGCAGGAAAUUUUGUAGAAGUGGUUAGAAACAAACCCGUGGCAAGGCAGGCCCCUGGCAAACGGAAGUGCAACUGCAGGCAGGAGAUGCGGACCACCCAGCUGGGCCCCGGCCGCUUCCAGAUGACCCAGGAGGUGGUCUGCGACGAGUGCCCGAAUGUCAAACUAGUGAAUGAAGAACGAACACUGGAGGUGGAAAUUGAACCUGGGGUGAGAGAUGGCAUGGAGUACCCCUUUAUUGGAGAAGGUGAGCCUCAUGUGGAUGGAGAGCCAGGAGACUUACGGUUCCGAAUCAAAGUUGUCAAGCACCCAAUAUUUGAAAGGCGAGGAGAUGACUUGUACACAAACGUGACAGUCUCCCUCGUGGAGUCUCUGGUGGGCUUCGAUAUGGAUAUUGCUCACUUGGAUGGUCACAAGGUACAUAUUUCCCGGGAUAAGAUCACCAGACCAGGAGCCAAGCUAUGGAAGAAAGGGGAAGGGCUCCCCAACUUUGACAACAACAACAUCAAGGGCUCUUUGAUAAUCACUUUUGAUGUGGAUUUUCCAAAAGAACAGUUAUCAGAGGAAGCAAGAGAAGGUAUCAAACAGCUGCUGAAUCAAGGGUCAGUGCAGAAGGUAUACAAUGGACUGCAAGGAUAUUAAGAGCGAAUAAAAUUGGACUUUGUUUUAAAAAUAAGUGAAUCAGCGAUAUUUAUUAUCUGCAGGGUUUUUUGUUUUUGUUCUCAUUUUCAAUAUGCAAGUUUGGUUUAAUUUUUUUUUCUUCUAAUGAUCGUCAUGAAAUGAAUAAGAGGGCUUAAGAAUUUGUCCAUUCGUGUUGAGAAAAGAAUGACCAGCAAAAGGUUUAAUAAUACCUCUCCCUUUGGGGAUUUAUGUCUGGUGCUGCCGCCUGAGUUUCAAGAAUUAAAGCUGCAAGAGGACUCCAGGAGCAAAAGACACAGUAUAAAGGGUUGGAGUUAAUUGUUAGCUAUUUCAUUCGAAAUGCCAACUGGAGAAGUCUGUUUUUAAAUACAAUUUUGUUGUUAAUUUUU